AUGUUUUUAUGGGUGAAAGUUCUGCUCCCCUUUGUUUCCUGUCAGGAUUUCUGUCUGGUACAGGAUGGAAAAGAUGGGUUGGAUGGAAUCCCUGGCAGGGACAGCAUGCAGGGACCAAAAGGAGAGCAAGGAAAUCCAGGGACCCCAGGUUUGCCGGGUAUCCCUGGACUUCCUGGACGUGAUGGAAGGGAAGGGGUGAAGGGAGAGAGAGGGGAUCCUGGGAUUCCUCUCAAGCCUGAUGAGGCUAUAAAAAAGGGAGAAAAGGGGGACCCUGGAAUUAAAGGAAUCCCUGGAAAGAGAGGUCACCCUGGGGAAACUGGCAAAGAAGCUACCUGGCCUGCCCAGACUGAAAGGGACACAGGCGUGUCAGGCUUCUCCAAAUCUCACCUGCAGUCUGCAUUCAGUGUCUCCUGGGCCACAAAAAACUUGCCCGAGGUGAACACUGUAAUAUGCUUCAGUACUAUUAUCACCAAUAUCAAUGACCAUUUCAAUACUGAUGAGAGCAAAUUUGUAUGUAAACACUGUACUUAUUAUUUAUUUAUUAUAUAUCCUAGUACUUAUUAUUUUGUGUAUCAUGCGUCAUCCACACAUACAAAUCUGUGUGUAAUCCUGAUGCUUGAUGGGAGGAAAGUUGCUAGUUUCUGUGAUCACAUUCACAACAAGAAUAGCCAGCAGGUGCACUCUGGUGGGCUAGCUGUUUGCCUGGCAAAGGAUGAGAAAGUUUGGCUACAGUCAAAUGCCUAGAAUGGCAUGUUUGCAACCGGGGAUUAGGGUGACAGUGUUUCCUCAGGUUUCCUCAUUCAUGCACACUGAUUGCUUACACUGUUUUUCAGUUAACUGUAAUAAAUGAACAAUAGGACAUGCUUGUUAAAAAUACUGAGUGUUUUACUCUUUAUAACAUGCAAUGAGGUAUUAGAAGGCUAUUCUGAUCAAAAAAUAAAAUCAUGCUUCAGCAAAUUGUUUGUUGUUAUGUAAGUUAUGUAAACAUACAUUAUCAUUCAUAGUAAAUUUUUGAUUUAACACA